CCUAUCUCGUUCGUUGUCAUCCUGGACGGCCUGGCAUUUGUUCCCAGCUAUGUAUUCGUCGGCCUGGGCGCGCAAAAUUCACCUCGUAUUAAAAGUCACACGGGACAAACUUCUCCUUUACCACGCCACGCCUUCCGUGCUUCCAUCGUCAGGCAAACAAACAUACACCACUCAUUCUUCUCUUCAGAAGUCUCUCGCGGCGACACCGGACAGACCAUGGAGACUGAUAAUUCCUCCAUAUCUUGUUUUCACUGCUCCGAUCUUCAGUUCUCGCCAGACUCGCCUUCCUCAGUAGUCGCACCUGCCUUCGCAUCGCUCUUUCUCUCUUUCGCAGCCGCAUUCCUCCUCCGACAAGCCACUAUGACGACGAUCAAGUGGGUUGAGGAAACCAAUAAUCCGCUGCCGCAAGUAGUGGUCUAUUCUGCCCCUGAGGCCGUUGGUAUUCCGAUGACAGACCUCGGGAUCGGCAAAGGCGGCAAUAAUGGCACCAGGGAGAACGAAGUACUUCACUCGGUCCAUGUGGGUGACGAUGCCGCCUCGACUAUCGAUGCUGAGAAAGGCUCACGUCUUUGGAACUGGAAGGCAAUGAUCGGUAUAUGCAUAGGCCUUCUUAUUCUCGCCAUCGUGGUUCCUCUCACGGUCACAUUGUCCAUCAAGAAUCACACGUCUGGUCCAGGCAAUGCUGAGAACCUUGCGACUUCAACCGCCACAUCAUCGUCGCCUUCUUCCACGGCUACCUCUCUGACCUCGCUCCCAGCUCCAUCCUCUACCCUGAAGCCGGUUUCCGAGUGUAUUGAGUCCAAAUUCAUCCGAGAAGUCAACUGGAUCGGUAUUGAUGAGGGUGGCGGCGGCUGGGUGUUCAACUUGCACCCGGCCAAAAGCGCUCAGGACUGCUGCACAAUCUGCCACCUUGGAACUCCUGACGGUUGCAAUGGGUGGCUUUACAUACCAGAGAACUUAUCGACGCCUUCGUGUUCCAUUAUUCACGGCUUCGACGGCCCGAGCGACAGUGAGUCCUGCCCGAAGGGUCGUCCAGACAUCGUCUUCACAAAGACAGGAGAUAGGAACAGCUAUGGUGGACCGGGACCCUGCUCAGGCUCAGUGCGGGGAUAAGAGUAUUCGACUAGACAAGCCGAACAAGACUUGGCUACGGUCACUACGUCUACCGACCGAAGGGAUUGUGGUAGUCGAGGUUCAUUAGCGCCAAGGGACGGAUGGUUACAGGGGUUUCUACAUGUGUUGGCGUUUGCAGUUUGCGAGAUACCCUUAUAGUGGCAAUAACAGCGAAUUUUCCGAAG